AGACCAAGAACUAGGAGUACUAUCACAAUUUGGAACUUACCUGAUUCAGUCCUUGUGCACAUACUCAAGGGAAUGCAUAUAUGUGAUAUAUUGUCUUUCAGAUCAGUGAGUUUUGGUUAAAAGUUCAAAUAAAAAAAACUUUUAAGCUGAACUGGUGUAGAAGAAAAGUAUUACAGUCCUUGAAGUUUUUGCUUUGGUUAUUUAACUUUAUAACUCUCCUAAUACCAAAAUGCUAAUUUUUACAAAAGAUUAUCCUUUGUUAUAGGUGAAUAAAUAUGAUUACCACUUAAUAUUAUUAUAUUAGAUUUUGCAUGCUUAAAUAUUUAUUUAUAUUCAGGUCCAUCCAAACCUCCGUGAUAUUAUUGAUAAUAACAGCAGUUUAUGGAUUCAUAUGUCAUUUGCUGACUCUUGGCCCAGUGAAGGCAAUCUCUGCCAUUUCGUCAAGUAAGAGUUAUAGUUAAAAGAAAUUUUGGACUUUUGAUUACAAGUUACAAAAUUAGAUAGAAUUAAUUUAUUUUCUGUAAAAUUAUUUCAGUCCAUUUUCCACCUUUUAUAUUCAUGAAUUCUUUAUAUUGAAUGAAUAAAUACUUUCUUUUAUUUUUUAUUAGAGCGGCUGAAAAAAGAAACAUAGAAGCAGCAAUCAAACUGGCUGUUGCAUAUCUUUACAAGGAGGGCUGUAAGUUUUAAAAUUAAAGAAAAAUUAUCAUUCGUAACUUUGCUUUACUGUUCACUAUUUUUCAAAUUUGAAUAAACCCUGUAUAUUAUCAUUGAAGUCAGGGUUGUAUAUUUAAAAUUAAUUGUUAAAAUAUUAGUUGAAGCAUUGCAUUUGUGAACUAUAUUAAACCUUUGGAAUAAUAAGAUAACUAAUUUUUUUAUAAAAAAUUUAAAUUUUUUUUUUUUUUUCUUUUUUAUAUUUAAAAAAAAAAAAAACAGUAGUCAAAGAUGAUAUUUCUAAAUCAAGCAUAGAGGCUGCCAAAUUUCUUUGCUUGGCUGAACAUUUGACACCAAAUACAUUCCCAUUUUUCUGGAUAUUUAUUCGUCCACCUUGGUCUCCUGAUGGGUCAUGCUCCAAAGUUCAAACAUUUCAACAUAUCAAAGAUUUACUAAUGCAGGUAAUUUGUUUUUUUAGAUUGGAAAAGGCAGAAAAAAAAUUUUGAAUACAUUUGUAAAAAAAACCAAAAACAAUUGGAAGUAUUUGUUUUAGAGUGCUACAAGUAUUGCAGGCAACAUUUUAUUGAGAAUAAUAUUAAACAGAACUCACUGACAGAACCUCCAUUUGGUAUAUGAGUAGAUCUCUCCAGAAAAAUGUUAAGAUUGACAUACGUUCAUUUUAUAUCAUUAGUGAUCUUCUUAAGCCAUUGAUCCUUUUUUUGAAGGUAUCAAAGGUACUAUCCAAUUUUGAAAGUAUAUCACCAUAGAUUAGACAAUAUGGUCAUAUGGGAUGGACCAAUAUCCAAGAACAUUAUAAAUAGGCGGCCUUUCAUUGUCUGAUACAAUGAUGUAUGCAAGAAAGACCUGUUGUCAACAAACAAUGAUACAAGAAUUUCAGCUAGGAUAGUUCUGAAUUGAGACAUGCCCGCUUGUUUUCUUGUGAUAAUCUGCAGAAAGAGUUUAGGAGAUGAAGAGAAUCUAAAAAACAAUCUGUUCUGUCACCAAACCAUCAAUUAAUGUUAAAGCUGUAAGAAAGUUGUGUAUUGGGAACGACCAAUGGAGUUACGAGAAAAAUUGACACUGGGGAUUUAGAUGGAUUCCAUUGUCUUUCAAAACUACUUAAGAAUAAAAAUAUGUGUAACUGAUAUUAUUCCCCCCCUUCCCUUAGACGGAGAGCCCUGAUCUUGCAUUUGGUGUUGCAUUGACACUCAAACUACAGAGACUUUCAUCGCUAGAAGACUCUAAAUCGGAAGAGGAAAAAUAUUUCAAGUUGGCAGUGGCACAAAAAUCUUAUGCUGCUGCAUUUUUCUGCAUGUUAGAUAAUAUUACAGAUGAGGUAAAAAAAAAAAAAAAAAAUUUUAAUUAAAAACUAUAUUUAACCAGACUUGUAUAUUUGUUAUUCCCAAUAGUUUGUAUUUUUUUAAUUUUUUUUUUUUUAGCUGCUGAAUUUUUCUGCAUGUUAGAUAAAAUUAAAGAUGAGGUAAAAAAAAAAAAAAAAAAAUUUUAAUUAAAAACUAUAGUUAACCAGACUUGUAUAUUUGUUAUUCCCCAUAGUUUGUCUUGUCUUAAAUUUAUUUUAUCUAAUGGAAACAGCUUCAAUGAGAUGUUUUACCCCAUUUUUAAAGUUUAAAAAAAUUAUUUUAAGGAACAUAAAGUUUAGUGAGAAAUCCAGUGAGACUUUUAAAUAUCUUUUUUUUUUUUGUAUGUGUUUAGCCAGAUAAAGCCAAAGAUUUGGAAAGAAUAAGACUUCUUAGACGAAUAGCUUCUGGAAAUGUCCUUGAAGCCAAACUAAAUCUCAUAAGAUAUUACACUCAAGGUGAAUAUGGUGGCAUCUCUAGAAAAAUGGCACUCGAGUUUGUGCAUGAAUUCUUUGGUACAUCAAAACCCUCUGGAAUUCACCUUACGUUUAAUGGUGGGCGCACUUCAGACAUUAGGUAGGAUUGAUUGUCUAGUUUUUUUAAUGCCUUAAACCAGCGUUUCCCAGACUUUAACGGACCUGUGGACAAGAUUCCAAAUUUCACUAGUUACCAGGGCCAGGUUCAUUAAUUAUAUUUUCUUAUUUGAACUUAAAUAUUCAUGUUGGGCAGACAAGCAACGUAAGGACAGUGGACUUGUAUUUGGGGAACGCUGCCUUAAGCUACCGGUUAAUCAUUGCAUGAACUAUGUCAUAUGUUAAAAUUUUAUUGAAUUCAAUUUUUUUUUUAAAUCGAUGUGUAUUCUUUUAUCCUUUAAAAAGCUUUUUUAUAAAUAUAUUGUUGUGGAAGUUGACUUUGCUUUUAAAUUGGGUUGCGACUCUUAAAAGGUUGGGUACCUGUGUCAAUGCCAUUAAUUUUUUUUUAAAGUUAAACAAGUCAUGCAUGGGGUACAUUUUGGUAUUAUAACGGAAUUGUAUGCUAAAUUGAUGAUAGUACCAUUAAAAUUGUAUACGUUUUAUAAUAUGGCUUAUUUUUAUAUAAAGCUCACCACCUUCAUUUUACAUUUCCUCCCAAUGUUUUCAGCCGCUACAUUCUAGUGGACUGGCUGGUGGAGGUUGUGGGUAUGAAAGAUUUCUCAGCUCAUACAUUAUAUUUGGCAGUUAGCAUGUUUGACCGAUUUCUACAAGUUAGGAGGGUCCAGCGUAGCCAGGUUCAAUUGCUAGGUGUUGCUGCCAUGGUUGUCAGUUCACGGUAAGACAUAUCAUUGAGAACUCAUCCUUGUAUUAUUAGACUUAAUUAUGGAUAAGAAAUACAGUUUAUCAAGUAAUUUCAAGGCCAAAACAACAAAUGAAAACAUUUUUUAAUAUUUUUAAGGUGUAGCUGUUAUGUCAUUUGGAUUCCAUUUCAGCUUUCUUGGCUUUGAUAUACUGACCAUUAAAGAAGCUGCCUGGCUGACGGACAACAGCUAUACAUAUCAUGAUGUGGUGAGGAUGAUGGGAGAAUUGGUGGCAGCUUUGAAUGGGAACUUAAGAGUGAGUAUUCAAUCUUGCAGUAUUCAAUGCUCUAGAACUAGAAUAAAUUAUGCAGUUUGUAUGCUUGUGUGUUUGUAUGUUUUUAUAGUUAUUUUUAAAUCAAAACUUUGUCUGGCAGGUCUUGACUAUCCAAGAUUACAUCAAGGUUCUUGUCUCCAUUGUGGGAGAGGUGGGCUACUCAGCUAUGUUGAUUGAAUACAUUGCUAUGUUGUGCCUUCUACAAUCAGAAAUGGGACAGUAUAGCCCUGCGGAGAUAGCAGCAUCUUGUUUAUUAUUGUCUCGACUACUGCUUAACCAUGGUAUGUUGUUUUGAACAGCUAGGUUUUGGCAUUCAGAUUAGAUUGUGUUCAAUUUUAAAUUUACAAUCUAUUGUAUUUGUAUUGUCUCUUCCAGCCCGGCAUUAAACUUUUAUGCAUUGCUGAUGUAAUCUUUUACAUAUAUUGUUGUUUCAGCUGACCCAUGGCCAGCUUUAGUACAGGAGUGGACAGGUUUUAGUCAAGAUUCAUUGAGUCUCUGCACUUUUCACAUUUAUAACAAAUGGUAAACUCAUUUUUUUUUUUAAUCUUAAGAGUAUUAACAAUUAAUGAAUAUUUGGUGUUUGCUAAGUGAGAAUAUUUGAUUGGAAAAUUUAACUAUGUUUCAAUAUUUGUAUCUUAUUUCGAAUGUGAUAUCAAUAAAUUACUGGGAUGUAAAAAUCUAUACCACUUUUUUAAAGAAAUUUUUUUUAAAAUAUCACCUAGUUUAUUGGAAGGAUCAGAAGUUGAUUACAGAGAAACAAAGCUACAAUCUGUGAAAAUUAGAUAUGCAGACAGCAAUCGAUUUUCAGUUAGCAACAUUGAGGUGAGUAAUUAAAGAAAAAGAAAAAAAAACCUGUGAAUUGUUUGAGUGGCAUUAUCAUUUGAAGUAAAUAAUCUCUACUUUUCUUUUAAAUUGCUGAUUGUCACCAUGUUGUUGAAACAAAUGGAAUUUAUUUAUGAAGUGAUGAAUUGUUUGAAAAUUAAGAAAGAUUUUUAAAAAAUUAAGAAACUAUGAGAGCCUUCAAACUUUUAAUUGAAAGAGUUGAGAAUCCCAAGGAAAUAGCACAACUUUUUCAAAGCUUUUAAUCAGUGUUGUAUUUCAAUAUUGUUGGCACUUUUUACUAUUUCAUAUAUUUUUUUUUUUUUUUGUUUGUUUUUUUUUUGUUGAAAGUUUUUUUUGGAGAAUUUCGUCACAUUCCCAUGUAAAGUUCAUAAAAAUUUUUAAUAGUUCUAUUUUUUUUUUUUUUUUUUUUUUUUUUUUUUUUUUAUUUUUUUGUCUUUUUUUUUUUUUUUAUAUUUUUUUUUUUUUUUUUUGUUUGUUUUUUUUUUGUUGAAAGUCUUGUUUGGAGAAUUUCGUCACAUUCCCAUGUAAAGAUCAUAAACAUUUUUAUCAUACAUUUGAUCACUUUUAUGAUUCACAUUGUAACAUUUUGUAAUCAGGUUAUUGGUCAUAAAGAAUUAUGUCGCCGACUUGGAGUAACCAAACUUGUCAGUCACGGGAAAGACAGUAAAGCCAUCAAGUUUAGAAACACUGAUGAACUGAUCAUGUCUCCUCGACGCAAAAUGGGUCCUGAUUACAACUGCGAUCUGGGUCUGUCCUUUGAUGAAGAGAAAGUGGACAGGAUUAAUGCAGCAACUCCCCCAAUAAAAAAGGUUUAUGCCCUGGAUGAAGGGAUUAGUGGCUAUGAUGGGGAUUUAGAGGAUGAUUCAGAUGGUUAGUAUUUUUUCAUUUAGAAUUAAUCUCAUUUUUGUAUAAUUGAAAUGGACUGUGAUUUAUUUGAUGCAAAAUUUUAAUAAAAAUUGUAAUUUUCAGUAGCAUUCUUUGAAUAUUUUGAAAUAAAUUUUUUGUGAUUAAUUGUUUAUGUUUAUUAAGUGUAAAAAUGACAUACUUUUUCAUUGUGAUAGAUUUGUCAACUUGAUUUUGAUUAAAUUAUCAACCGGGAGAAACUUAAUACUAUUUAUGAUUCAGACUGAAGUUUUUUCAUUUUAAAAAUAUAUGAUAUUAAGUUUUCCUUCAAAAUAAAGAAAGAUGCUUACUUUUAGUGAAUCUGGUUUUUAAAGUUGUAGAUACAGACCAUUAAAUUCCUAUUUUAUUCUUUAAUUAAAUUGAAGAAUAAAUAAUGCAUUACAUUUUUAAAAGACCUAUUUUAGCUGGGUUUUUUUUUAACGAUUCAUUAAAGCAUAUAUUCUCUGAAAUAUUUUGGAAACCUGAAAGUUGUGCGAAGGGUUUUUGACGAUACAGUCUUUCUAUUAUCAAAAAAACUCUAGGUCUUGAUGAUCUUUUUUAAAAUGAAUGCAUCUUUUAUUAUUUGAUUUCAAAUUCGUUCCAAGCAGAUCCAGGCAAAAAUCUGAAUCAGAUAUUAAUAACGAAAAAUUUUAUGGAAAUUUUUUUUUCCCCCAUCCAUUGUCAGUUCUAAACAUAAGGUUAGUCUUUUCAGUUAGUCUAUUUUAGGUCUAUAAUUUUAUUUCUAAUGAUAUGGCUACUUAGAGUUAACUUCUUAUGAGGAUGUUUUAUUCAAGAGCUUCUCCACAUAGCAAGCACUGGUAAUUUGUGGUCAAAAAUAAUUUGUUUAGUUUAAAUAAUCAUCAGUUGAAUGGUUUAACAUUUUUCGGUUUAAGUUUCUCUUCAGAUAAUUUUCUUGUUGAUUUGAUUUUAAGAAUCUGACCUAUUAAAAAAAAAUGCUUCAUUUGUAGAUGAAAUUUCAGCUCUGUUAUUGUUUAAGUACAUCUGAAUAGCUAUCAAAUUAGCUAUUGAUGUCAGAUAGAGUAUAAUGUAAUGGCUAAAAGUCUCAAUAAAAUUUAAACUUGUUUUUAUUAAAUUUAGUUUAUAACUAAGAUAAAAGGAAGAAAAGCUCCACCAAGCAAUGUAUUUAUAUUUCUUUGUAUAUUUAAUUGAUUGUGAUAGAAUAAGUUAAAUUUUCUUUUUUUUGUGUAAAGAACUGUUUAUUACUAUAAAUAAAAACCUAUUACAAAAUGAACUUUUUUGGGCUCCUUAUUAACUUUUUCUGGUUAAAUUUAAUUAACUGAUUUAAAUUGCUGCUGUUUUAUUUACACUAACAAUUUUAGUACACUGUGCAAUGAAACCUGGAAUUAACUGACCUUGAAAUGCCCCAUGGCAUAGGCUCACCCAAGCACAGAAGAUAUUUUUAACAGUGGCUGAAUGUGUAAAUAGCACAAACUUUCCCUUUGGUCCCAACGGUUUGCGUUAUUUCCAGCUUUCACUGUUCUUUCAAUAAUUCUAAUUUUUUUUAACCCAGGAUAAAUUACUUAACAAAUGAUGAAAAAUGAAGGGAAAAUUUUAUCAACCAAGUAAUAGAAUAUUGUGAAUUUUUAUAUCCCCCAAUGCUUUGUAUAAGAUUUAUAAAUAUUCCUGUAUCACUCAAUAGAAUACAAAUACAGGUUGUUUUUAAUAUUAUUCAAAACAUUUUCAGAGCUUAAGCCAACUCUUAUGCAUCAUUAAAUUAAGAUUUACAGUGUAAAAUAUUUUUUAUUAUAAUAAAAUUAGGUCGAUAUUCAACAGUUUCAGGAAUGUUUAUAAAUUUAUUUUUUUUUAUCUUCUCAGAGUCUUUCAGUGACAAAUCGGAUGUGCUGUAUGAAUUGAAUGAAGACGACUCUGAUUUAGACAGAUCCAAUAUAGCAGACAGCUCUGAAUACAGCAAGGAUGGGGAGGAUGAGGCCAACGCUGUGGAUGUCAUUUCGGACACAGAAAUGAUUUGUGGUACCAACAUGUUCAAGUGCUUGCAAAUUGACGAGGAAGCUCAUAAUGUUUCAGCCAGUAAGAUCACAUGUUUAUCCAGCAUGUGCCAGUCUGGCACCAACAUGACAUGCCACUCUGCUUAUGCUUCACCUUCAUCAUGCAUAUCCAACUGUUCAUGUAAGAAAACGUACACUUCGGAUGCUUCGCAUUCUGAGAAAAGUCCUGGAUUAACCUCUUCUGGCUUGUCUUCCUCAUCACCAUCAUUGUUCUUUCCGUCAAGAACUUCUUCCCCUUUGUCAAAGUCAUUUCCUCAACAGAGUGAUAUUAAUGUGCAAAAUGUGCGUGUUUGCCUCCCUUGCGGAAGUAUUCAGUCAGUCUCAAAAGUUUCCAAAAAAAAUAAACAAAGCCCUUGUCCCAACAGCUGUGAUACGUUGCCCCUGGGGCAGGAUAAAUUGUCAGUGAUUGAAAAAAAUGCACCACAGUUUUUUUCACUGCGUAAGACAAAGUCUUCUCAUGAGCUGGCUACUUGUUCCCAGCCUAACAAACAUGAGGCGGUGAAUCAAGAAAGGAAUUUAAAAAGCAAAAAUGUAUGUCUGGAGGUCAAUGAAUAUGACAACAAUGAAACAUAUGAUGCUAUUGAUUGUAAAAUACUUUCAUUUAAUACCCAUGGUGAUGUUUCAAAUAAAACUCAGUUGCUUCCUCCUCCAAUGCAUUCUCAUGAUUAUAAAGGCAGCAACAGCAGCCCAUUAUCGUCAUCAGCAUCAUCAUUUCAAGAUUAUCAGAUUCACCAUGGAUUAGAAUAUUUAUACCAUGAAUCUUCUCCAAGUCCAAGCAGCUCCUAUGUCUUGGUGAAUCAGACACCAGGAGCUCUGCCAACAAGGAGACAAGGCACUGCCUCAUACCGCCAGCAGCAGAAGCCGUUUUAUGGCCAGGAGCAUGACAAUAUGCUUGUACCGGCAACGCCAGAAUCUGCGCCCGACUCUCAUCUAACGAGGGCUGGUGGGGCGAUGCAUGAAAAUUUCCAUGGCUCCAACAGUAGUUUGGGAUAUGUGCUCAAGAAGGCCAGGUUAGAUUACUCAUACUCUUUUAAACCACCUGGAGAUCAUGCUGAUGAAAAGCUAAGCCAAGACUUACAAACUAAUCAUUGUGAUAAGACAAGUUUUUCUGUAUCACCAAAUGGUGAAGAUCAACAACAUAAUGCUAGCAUCAAACCUCUGUUGCGGAGAAAAAGGAAAAGUUGUAUUUAGAGAUUCUUUAAAAAAUACAAUCACGUCUCCUCAAUGUAAUAUACUGUAAAGUGAAAGAAUUAUUUUAUAUUAUUUAGCAUAGACUUGUCAAAUUAUAUAUAAGUGUGUAAUUAACAUGAUUGAAGUGUGUAAUUAACAUGAUUGAUUACUCAGAUUUGGAGUAUUCCCAUAGGAGCCUAUAAAAGUAUUGUAUGAUGCAUGAAAAAGUGAUCGUCAUACAUAAUAUUUAAGUGAAUAUUUUGACUUCCAUGUGAUUUCAUUUAUUUAAUAAGUGUGAUUGUGACAAAUGUAUGAAUUUAUUAAAUGCUUUUUGAGAUAUGAAUUCUGUACGAUAUUGUAAAAAAUUUCAUAACUGGUCUCAGUUUCCUCUCUUUACCAUUGUUGCAGACACUUUAAGUUAAACAAAUUAUUUUUUUUAGCAGAUAUUAAUUAAUUUUAGCUUUGUAAAUAUGAUCCCAGGUGAACUUGGUAGUCUGAAUAAAAAUGGCUUGGAAGUUCAUGACAUUUCUUCAACCGGGUCAUCAUGCAUCCCUUUAACUAAAUAUCUUGCCACUUUUCUGUUAAUUGUAGUGUUUAUUUUAUGUUAACUGUGUACUGGUAUCAAAUUAACAGGUACAUAAUUGGACGUGAAUUGUUCCCCAUCUCAGAUAUAAAUAAAAGCUGAUGUCCCCAUAAACUUGUAACUGCAUACACUUUAGUUUAAUCUUGUGACUACAUCACAUCACCCUCAUAAGAUGUUCACAAUGUUAUAAAUGGAAUAUACCAAGCAUUCUGAAAUUUUUUUUUAACAAGGUCACACCCCUUAAUAUUCAAAUGUGUAAUAAUAAAAAAAAUUACAAGGAAUUAUAGUUUUGUUGAAGGUAACUUUUCCUUAGUAUUAGUUAAAAUAUUAUAGAUUCUAAAAAAACAUGUAAUUAUUUCUGUUAACAUUGCUUAGUCAGUGGCUUUGAAUACUUUUUUGCUCAGCUGUUAAUGUUACAUUGUGGUGUCUGUAAGAUCAUAACAAAGGUCAAUAUUGAUCCUGAAAUGAAACUCUUUUGGAAUAUAAAUCAGUACAGUAUAAGAACUCUAGAAAAGGCUGUGAAAUGAUGAAAACAUGUUCAGAGUUUGUUUCAACUUGUGGACUCCUGAAAGGUCAUAUUCUUUGUUUCAACUUAUGGACUCCUGAAAGGUCAUAUUCUUUGUUUCAACUUGUGGACUCCUGAAAGGUCAUAUUCUUUGUUUCAACUUGUGGACUCCUGAAAGGUCAUAUUCUU